AUGCAUGUAUACUUUGCCAAAUAUUGUGUUGCUUGGUGUUUUGAAAAUGGUCAAGGUGUGGAAAGGAAUCAUAAAUUAGCUUAUUAUUGGUAUAUGAAAAGUGCGAAAGAAGGUUAUAAUAGUUCUCAAAGUAAUAUUGCAUAUUGUUAUGGAAUUGGUCAAGGAAUUCUUCAAGAUGAAAAAAAAGCAUUUAAAUGGUAUCAAGAAGCAGGAAAAAAUGGUAAUAUUCUUAGUCAACGUGUAACAGGGAUUCGUUAUAUGUAUGGAACUGGAGUAAAAAAGGAUGUCAUAAAAGCUAUUCAAUGGUUGACAAAAGCUGCUGAUAGUGGAGAUUCAGGCGCUGAAGAUGAGUUGGAUGAUUUCGAGAGAACGAUAUUCUGUAAAAAUCAUUAUUUAAAUAAAUAUACAUACACAAAAAUGCCAAUAUCACCUUUACCAACUGAAACAGUCCUAAUCGGUAUAAAUUUCCAAGAAGCCAUUUUCGAUACACCAAGUUUUCGUGCAAAUGUUAGAAAAUUUGAAGAACAAAUUGAUCAUUUCGAAAAAUGGUUGGAAGGAAUUUUGAAAGCUUUACGACUAUACAUUGAGGAAUCUAUAAAAUUUAAUGAGGCAUGCAAUUCUCUAGCAAAACGUGCUUUGCCUUUAGCGAACGAAGAUUCAUUAUUAGAUCGAGAUUUUACAUUAUCGACAAUAAGAAUCUUUACUGAUGCAUUUCAAACAACUUCUGCAUUUAAAGAGAAAUUGGUCAGUGAUAUGGAUGAAAAAUUCAUACAACCAAUUUUAAGUUUUACCAAAACUGAUUUAAAAGAAUUAAAAGAGGUUCGUCGAGCAUUUGAUAGAGCUUUAGAGAAAUAUGAUAACAUGUUAUCAAAAUAUACAUCACAAUCAAAAACAAAAGAAGCCAGUGCUCUCAGAGAGUUUUUGGGUGGAUCAUAUGCACAACUGGAUCUUCAUGUGGCUAGUACAACUAUAUAUAAAGGUUUUGAAAAUCAAAUGGAUAGAUUAAAAAAUUUGUUGAGCGAGAGCAGGAAAACUUGUGAAUAUCAAACACCAUGUUUAAUAGAUUUGAGAAGAAAAUUAGAAGAGGGAGCAAUCAACAUGAAUAAACCUCAACGAAAACUCACAAAAUAUACUGAUAAUCCGUUAAAUACGGUAAAUAUUCAUCCUGUUACGGAAUCUAACUUACAAUUACCUUCACCUACUGGUAAACACGAAAAACAAGGUUAUUUAUUCAUGAAAUCAUUGAACGGAAAAAGCACUUGGUCACGGAAAUAUUUUUAUCUUAAAGACGGUAGUUUUUGGUGGGUAUCCAUUGGACAUGGUAAACUUCGGUCGAAUAUUGAACAGAGUGAGAAAAUUAAUGUUUUGUUAUGCGAAAUGAGAAUUGACUUUUCACAAGAUCGAAGGUUUUGUUUCGAAAUCGUUUCAUGGAUUCUUCAAGCAGAAACUGAAGAAGAUCUUAAAAGUUGGAGUGCGAUUUUUGAAUCUGCAAAACGAUACGCAUUUCGAAUGUCAAAUGACUUAUCAUCAUCCGGAACUACUGAUAAUAACACAAUUCAAAUUAAAGGUGAUGAUAGUCACACCUCCAAAUCAGGUGUAGAGAAUACACAAAAUGAUUCUGAAAAAUCGUCGAUACCAUCUAACCAACAGAAUUUUUGGGGUAGUAUCCAAUGGGGUAUAAUGCCGGCUAUGAAUUUGUUGAUGAAUAGUGUUAAUGUGUCGGAGGGUGAUGAAGAUUCGGAAAAAUCCACUGGUACUAAAAAAAAAAGAAAUAGACCACUUAGUGGAAGUAUACCUGUUGGAUCUGGUGUUGAUGGGUCUAUCGCAGAGUAUCCACAGACAUUAAUGUCACAUAAUUUACAACUUCAUUUAUUAUUCGAAAAUAUGUCAGAGAAAGAAUUUGUGUUGGAUGUAUAUCAAUGUGCUUGGCAAAAGGAUAACAUGUUAUUCAAGGGACGAGCAUAUUUCACUCAAGACAAAUUUUAUUUCUAUUCAGAGAUUAUGAGUGUUAUUAAUAUGUUUUAUAUAUCAUGGAAAGAAAUAAAGACUAUUUCAUAUAAAAAAACCGGUAUCCAACAAACAGUGGAAUUCUUUGAUGAGAAUGAAAAUCAAAAGUAUAUUAUAAAAACUUUCCUGGACAAUGACAAAGUAUUUAAUGAUAAAGCUCAAUUGAUAUGGAAAUUAGUUACGAUUGAAAAGAUUACAUCAUUGCAAAGUAUCUUUGAUGCUGUAUGGAAAUCUAUCUCAACAUCUCGCUUUGACAAUUUUUCUCACGAAAAACUUGACGAGAACAAAAAAAUCGAAGGGUCUUAUAAUGAUUCUACAAAUAAUGUAAAUAACGCAAAUAAUGUAAUUUCAUUAGAUAAAGAUGUUAAUCAAAAUGAGGAACAUGAGAACAAAGAGAAUAAAGAAAAUAAAGGGAAUAGAGAGAAUAAAGGGAAUAAAGAGAAUAAACUAGAAACUUCAAAAAAUAAUGAUGAGAGAAACAAUAAUUAUAACGGUAUCUACGACAAAAGUAAUGGAAUAUAUGAAAAAAAUAAUGAAAGUUCUCAUAAUGUAGAUAAUCGACAAAAAGACGAUGAAUUUCCAUCAAAUCUCGUUUUACCAAAGGGCCCAGUGACAUGCGGAUGUUCAGAUCAUCUUGAUAAAUUAGAAACUGAAGUUGAAUAUCCGGUAUCAGCUAAAAAAUUAUAUCGAAUGUUAUUCGACACGAAGAGUACAUUAUGGGAACGAAUGCAUCAAAAGCAAGGAAAUACUUUAACAAAUUGUGGUCCAUGGUUGAUGAAUGGAAGUGAAAGAAAACGAGAGUUAAAAUUUAUUAUGCCUAUUAACAAUCCUAUGUCUAAAGUUAAAGAAACAGAUUGUAUUCAGACGCAGACUUGUCUAAAAUAUGAAGAUCAUUUACGUUAUGUCGUAUUAAUUCAAACAAAAGCAUUGCAAAUACCUUAUAAUGAUUCAUUUUUACCAAUGUCCAAGUGGUGCAUAACUUAUAAGACUCCAAAUUCAUGUAAAAUAACCUGUCAUAUUGGUAUAAAAUGGUUUAAAUCACCAAUGGUCAAAGCUUUAAUAAAAAGUGCAGCAAUGACAGGGUUAUCAGAAACUGCGACAGAAAUCAUAACAAUAUUAAAUGCAGAUAUUGCUCAAGGAAAAUCAAGGAUGCCUUCAAAUUCACCAAUACGGACAGUUCAUGUGAAUUCUUUAAAACGUCGUAUGUAUCGACAUAAGAAUCGUACGCAUACAACCAUUAAGCAUCCAGCUAGUAGUGAAGAAAGUAUUUCAUUAUCUACUGGCAGUGCAGGAUCAAUAAACAGAAUGACUAGAUCAAAUUCAUUAAAUUCUGUUAAUAUUGUUAAUAUAAACAAUAAAUUGUCAGACGGAAAUAAAUUUUUUGAAAUAAUUUCAUCCAAUACGAAAUUAAUUAAAUUAAUGUUAAUAAUAUUAACAUUAUCGAUGUUAUAUAAUAUUUAUUUGUGGGUAUAUUUAAGUGAGAAUAUGAGUAAAAGUCCUACUACCAAUGGGACACAUUUUCAAACACCAUUAGCACCCUCAGUAUAUCUUCGUGAUUUAGAAGAACAAAUACUUAAUAUUAACACGAGAAUACAAAAUCCACCAUAUCCAUGGUUACUUCACUCUCACCGUCGAUUAUCUAAUGAGAUAUCUUACGCCCGAAAAAGAAUGGCAGUCCUAAGAUAUGAUUUAUUAUUAGCAUUUAAAUUAAUUAAUUCUAUAGAUAAAAAAUUAAUAAAAAAUGAAUAUAUCAAUUGGUUAUUGGAUGAAAGAGCAAAAUAUGAAGGUUCCGAAGAAAAAACCAGUGAAUAUAUGAAAAAAUAUAAAAUUGAACUUAAGAAUAUAAUAAGAUAUUGUGGUAAUAUAAAAGAACAGUUAGACAUUUUUGCUGCUACUUUUUAA